CCUUUCCUCUCCUCUCCUCUCCACUCGUCGUCCACCCCUCGUGCUCGUCUCACUCUUCACCUCCAGCUCCGGAUCUGAAACGCCGAGCAGUCUUUCGUCGUUUCGAGUCUUCAGCCAGAGCUUCUCGGUGAGUGCGAGAAUUCGGGCCGGAGAACUGGGAAAGCCUCGAGGAGACAUGGAUGGGUUGCCCAGAGAGUUGUGCGUCAAGAUCUUCCACCUCCUGGAUCACCAGUCCCUCGCCUCUUCUCCCCAAGUUUACAGGAAAUGGAGGGCGUUGACCUCGGAUGAUGAACUGUGGCGCAAGCUGUUCAACGACAGGUGGGGAGCGGACGCCGCAGCGUUCUACGCGCCGGAGGGAUCCAAGUCUUGGAAGGACGUCUUCGCCGUGCAGGACCGGUGCGACCGAUACGGACUGGGUGUCAGGAUCAUCAGGGAAGGGAAGGACUACUACCUGAU